UCAAGCAUUACAAUAUGUGCUUGAGUGUUUAGAAGACAGAAGCAAAGCAAUAAGCUUCUCUUCAUUUGAAGACUUCAAGCUUACCAUACAAAAGAAUAUCAAAAAACAUGAACUUCUUCACAACCCAACAUCUGGCAUUUACAUUCGGCCUCCUAGGCAACAUUAUAUCCUUCUUUGUUUUCCUUUCUCCGAUCCCGACGUAUUAUAACAUAUAUAAGAGGAAGUCGACCGAAGGGUUUCAGUCUAUCCCUUAUGUGGUUGCCCUAUUUAGUGCCAUGCUCCUCAUGUACUAUGCUUUUCUCAAGACUGAAAAUGGAACCCUCCUCAUCACUAUCAACUCCUUUGGAUGUUUCGUUGAAUCUAUAUAUAUUGGCCUCUACAUUUUCUAUGCACCCAAGAAGGCUCCAACAGUAAAGUUGUUGAUGGGGAUGCUAGGCUCUUAUGGAAUGAUUCUUCUUUUGACUGAAACUCUAGUCCAUGAUCAUUUGGUUCGCCUGAAAAUUGUGGGAUGGAUAUGUUUGAUAUUCUCGGUUUGUGUGUUCGCCGCGCCUCUCUUAAUCUUGAAACAAGUGAUAAUAACAAAAAGCGUGGAGUAUAUGCCGUUCGCAUUGUCACUUACCCUUACCUUCAAUGCCGUCAUGUGGUUCUUUUACGGUUUCCUCAUAAGAGAUCCUAACAUUGCGCUUCCCAAUAUUCUUGGCUUCGGAUUUGGUAUUCUUCAAAUGCUUCUCUACUGGUGGUACAAAGAUUCAAACAAGGACAAGCUUCCCAAAGACAGUACUAAAGUUGAGGCCCAAGUGAUCAUCGCUUUGGGAGAGAAAAACGAUUACAAGUCGCCGGAAUUGUCUCACCAAGUUAUCGAUAUUGCGAAGAUCAAAGUUGAUCCGUCCCCAUGGAAGACGACAACUCCUAUCGAUGGAAACAUGAGGCCUAACAUGGAUGUUCCUGUUCAAGCCUAAACCAUAACUUCACGUCUCUUUUCAUGAUUCCAAGCUUUCGGGAACUACUCGUUGGAUCUACUUGUUUGUUUUAAGGUUGUUUUUGCAUCAAAUAACUUUGUAACAAUAAAGUCUAUCUUCAUCUCAAUGUGUACUAACUAGUUUGUUUAAUCCUGCAAUAUUAUUGUAUCCUCAUUAUUAUUGUUGUAACAAUAUGUACUUUGUUGUACUUGUUUAAGAGCUACUAUAAAAUUCACUGGUAGUUCUUUAUUUAUAUAGAGUUGUUUUAUAUAAC